AUGGGUGUGCCCAAAAUUGGCAGGGGCGUGGUUCACAAUAAAAUGGCGAGUUUUAGCAAAGUGCUUUCCAAAUUCCUGUUCCCUAUGCAACAAAUACGGGGCGUUGCAAAUCUACCCAGACCAAAGCAAACCAAGUUCAGGAAGUAUCACAAGAUGCUGUACUGUCUGAAGCAGGGCCAGAAGCCAUCAGUCCCUACCCUUAAGCACCAUGAUCACGGUAUCUACGCACUGGAGCCUAAGAGGAUAACAGCUGCACAGAUUGAGACCUGUCGUGUUGUACUAGGCAGGGUUCUUGGGAGAAAGAAGUCCGGCAUAAAGACCCUGGUGUUUCCACACUUUCCAGUGACAAAGAAACCUCUCGGUGUGAGGAUGGGAAGUGGAAAAGGAAACGUCGACCAUUUUGUUGCUUUUGUGAAAGCAGGGACAAUGCUUUUUGAGUUUAAGGAUAAUCUUUAUGCAAAGAAAGCAUUCAAAUCUGUAGGUUAUAAACUACCAAUGAAAGUUGGAUUUAUAUCUAAGACACCUGCAACUGACAAUAAUAAUAAUAAUAAUACCAAUUAAUAAAUAAAAUAUUUAAUAAUUAUUAUCAUAAAAAUCACACAUGAUUGUAGAAUAGAGAAACACUUUGAUCAUGAACA